UUCUCGCCAAUAUGGCUGCGCCCGCAGCGCUCCGCCGCUUGUUCCUGCUGCUGGGAGUGGGGCUGGCGGUGGCUGUCGGCGCCGUGAAGGAGGCAGCUCCCGGCGGGAAUUGCGGCUGCGGCGCUAGUCGUGGCCGUGGGGAUGAGCGAGAGGCGGCGGCACGGCGGUACUCGGCGGCGGCCAACGGCGGCAGGAGUUCUGGGCGCGGGCCGAUGGUUGCUAUUCCAGGAGGAGUGUUCACCAUGGGCACUGAUGAGCCUGAAAUACAGCAAGAUGGAGAGUGGCCUGCAAGAAGAGUCCAUGUUAACAGCUUCUAUAUGGAUCGAUACGAGGUCAGCAAUCAGGAAUUUGAGAGAUUCGUGAAUUCUACUGGGUACCUCACUGAGGCGGAGAAGUUCGGAGAUUCCUUUGUGUUUGAGGGAAUGCUGAGUGAAGAAGUCAAGGCUGAAAUCCAUCAGGCAGUUGCAGCUGCUCCCUGGUGGUUGCCUGUGAAGGGAGCCAACUGGAGGCAACCCGAGGGUCCUGGCUCCAGCAUCCUGAGCAGGAUGGACCAUCCAGUUCUUCACGUGUCCUGGAAUGACGCGGUAGCAUUUUGCACGUGGGCAGGGAAGCGAUUACCAACAGAGGCUGAAUGGGAGUACAGCUGUCGAGGGGGCCUUGAGAAAAGACUUUUCCCAUGGGGCAACAAGCUUCAGCCCAAAGGUCAGCAUUAUGCAAACAUCUGGCAGGGAGUUUUCCCAAGUAACAACACUGCAGAAGAUGGAUACAAAGGAACUGCACCGGUCACUGCGUUUCCUCCCAAUGGAUAUGGCUUGUACAACAUUGUAGGAAAUGCCUGGGAGUGGACAUCUGACUGGUGGGCUGUUCAUCAUUCAGCAGAUGAAGCUCAUGACCCUAAAGGGCCCUCGUCGGGGACUGACCGAGUGAAGAAGGGUGGAUCAUACAUGUGCCACAAGUCUUAUUGCUACAGGUAUCGCUGUGCAGCCCGCAGCCAAAACACCCCUGACAGCUCAGCUUCAAAUCUGGGGUUUCGCUGUGCAGCGGAUGCCUUGCCGGACCCACAGUGACCAGAUGGCUGCACUGCAUUCAGGGAGGAGGCAUGCAGUGUUACCUGCUGCUGAGAAUGGAAAAUCUUGUGCUUAAAGUUCCUGUUGGACAGGAAAAUUCCAGCACUCGCCAGCACUGCUUGAAGCUGUGUGUGCCUAUGCUUGGGGAACCUGGCCUGGACUUUCAUCAUGACCAAGCUUCUUAGAGGUACUGCUUUCAGUGGGAGUAGCCUGGAGUUACAUAAGCACAAACCUGAGCAGAAACAUGCUGACAGUGUUUUAAAAUGUUAAUUUUAUUUAGUAGAUCCUUUGGAAAAGUUCUUUAAUAACUAAAUGUAUUUAUGUAUCGUUUGAAUCUCCACACUCAGAUCUGAUAAAUGAGGAUUUCAUAGGCUCCUGGAUAGCUCUAAAAGAAAUCUGAAGCAGUUACUGCUUCCAUAACCUUGUAGGAGGCAUACUUACCAUUUGGAAAAGACACGAAGACAACACAGGGACACUUAGUGCAGCUGGUGUAUUGCGUUCUAAUGGCAGCAAAAAUCAAAUCCAGCAAUGUGCUUUUUUGGUGCAAUACUAUCUGCUCCAUAGGAAGAAGUGCCUUUUGCAACUGGGGGGAGGGAUAAUCAUCACUGUGAGGAUUAGAAAUGUAUGUAUUUGAAUAAAAUAUCAAGCAUUUCUUCACGCUGAAAA